AUGGCUGUUCCGACUAAAGCUGCCGCCUUUGUCGCAUCUUCUCCUUCCUUCGCCGCGUUUCGCUCGGUAGCGGUGGCAUCUUCACUACAUGAAGGUGAUACUAAGAAAUACAUUGGCACUCAUAAUGGCACUUUUCAUUGUGAUGAAGCGCUGGCUGUGUCGAUGCUGAAGUUGCUUCCGAAGUUUGCGACUCAUGAUAUCUUGCGCACUCGUGACGAGUCCAAAUUGGCUCAGUGUGAGAUAAUCGUUGACGUGGGUGGAAUUUAUAAUCCGGAAACGCUGCGCUUUGACCAUCACCAACGUAGUUUUACAGGAACAUUUGACCAGCGCAACAUCAAGCUGUCGAGCGCUGGUCUCGUUUACAAACACUUUGGCCGCGAAAUUAUUCAACAUCUGGCUGCUCCGUCGAAUCUUGAUGAAGCUACGCUAGAUAUGCUGCAUCGAAAGGCAUACAAGAACUUUAUCGAGCACAUUGACGGCAUUGACAACGGCGUUGAAGUGGCCACAGCCGCUGGCGACGCGAAAUUAACGUAUAAUUACCAAGUAUCAACAAAUCUCAGCAGUCGUGUGAGUUACUUGAAUCCACGCUGGAACGAGGAUCAGAGCGAAUUGCGUGUUAAUGAGCAAUUUCUACAAGCUAUGUACAUGACCAUCACGGAGUUUACGGAUGCUAUUCACGACCUCUUGCACUCGUGGUUGCCAGCUCGGGAGAUUGUGGAGAAAGCCAUUACCGAACGCUUCCAAACGCACAAGUCUGGUGAAAUCGUGUACCUUCCUGAUUAUUGCCCGUGGAAGUCCCAUCUCGUUGACAUAGAAGAGAAGCUUUUGAUCUCUGGUCAGAUCAAGUUCGUGCUUUACAACGACGCGACGGGCAAUAUGGUCCGUGUCCAGGCGAUCAAUGCCGAGUCGGGAUCUUUUGCACUACGCAGAGCGCUGGCUUUAUCGGCGGCAAUCGCACAUUUCAAGGUGCUUUGGAAAUGGCUGCCAAGUCGCUCGAAACAUCAGAUUAGUCACAACAUCUCCCAACAAAGUUUUUUUCUCUGGUAA